AUGAGCGCGCCGUACACCUGCGUGCCCCUCUUGCCCCACUUCGGCGCAGAGGUUCGGGGCUUCUCUCUAGACGGUCAUGAGCCGCUGCCGGCAGACCUCGUGCAGAGGAUCAAGGAGGACAUGAAACUUCACCGAGUUUUGGUCUUCAAAGGCCAGGGCCGACUCAGUGGAGCAAGACAGGUGCAGAUUUCGCAACAGCUGGGCACUAUUGAGAGCACUUUCUACAAGCAUCCGCGGAGCCCACAUCCAGACAUCUUCCGUGUUUCAAACGACGAACGGGAAGGUUGCUUAGGAGUGGGGACAUCGGGAUGGCAUUUGGAUGGUACCUUUCAAACAAAGCCCUUCAAGUACCAGACCAUGCACUUCCACAGCGUUUGUCAGGGUGGCGAGACUUGGUUCGUUCCGCUCAAAGAGUUCUAUGAGAUGCAGGAUGAUGAAACGAAAGCUCGCUGGGACAGAUACUGGAUGGUCACGCGGGAGGGCCUCGCCCAUCCACUCGUUUAUCGUCACCCGGUCAGGGAGGACACGACAAUGAUGUUCCACUGCGGCCCUCACUUCUGCCGUGCCUGGGGCGUGGAUGGAGAUGCAUCAAUGCCGGCAGAGAGGCAACUGCGCAGUAUGCUGCCGCCGAAUGUGGUACAGGAGGAGUUGGGUGAACGGCUGGAUAUCGCCGUCGAGAAGAUUGGUAUCAAGAUGUGUUGGGAGGAGGGGGACUUUGCCAUCAACGACAACCUUGGCAAUUGCCACUAUGCAGCCCCUGGCACGCAGAACCCGAAGAGCAAAGCCGGCCUGAGGAUCUUGCACCGGACAACGAUCGCAGGCGAAGAUGUUCCUUCAAAAGAAGACGGGCGUCGAUCAUUCUACUGUCAGCAUCCGCCGUAG